ACGUUGCCCCGAGUCCAGAGGCGCGGCGAGACUGGGCGACGGCUCUUCGGUGCCGCGGGAGCUGCAGAGCUUUGCUCUCCUGCACCUGUGCCAGGCAGAUGGAGUUCAACUUGCUCACUGACCCAGAAGCUCAGCGCUCCUCUCUUUCCCUCUCAGAAUCUGGGACACCUCAACAUGCACACAGGCACAAGGGGCAAGCAAAUGACACAGAAAAGCCACAGCAGAAUCAGACUGACAAUUCCAUUCCUGAGGAUGGCUCCCUGAGAAAGAAGCAACGUAGGCAGAGAACUCAUUUUACCAGCCAGCAACUACAGGAGCUGGAAGCCACUUUUCAAAGGAAUCGGUAUCCAGACAUGAGUACCCGAGAGGAGAUUGCUGUCUGGACCAACUUAACGGAAGCCAGAGUUCGGGUAUGGUUUAAAAACCGCAGAGCCAAAUGGAGGAAGCGGGAAAGAAAUCAACAGGCAGAACUUUGUAAGAAUAGUUUUGGAGCUCAGUUCAAUGGACUGAUGCAACCUUAUGAUGAGAUGUAUACUAGUUAUUCCUAUAAUAACUGGGCUACCAAAGGACUUACUGCCAGCACUCUAUCAACAAAGAGCUUCCCAUUCUUCAACUCCAUGUCUGUCAAUGCCCUUUCUUCCCAGCCCAUGUUUUCAACAUCCAGUACUAUAGGAUCUAUGUCUGUACCCUCCUCAAUGGUUCCUUCAACAGUGACUGGUGUGCCAGGCCCAAGCCUUAACAAUCUUAACAGCCCUGGUCUUAACUCUGCAGUUCCUUCCAGUACCUGUCCCUAUGCAUCCACAGCCAAUCCUUACAUGUAUAGGGAUACUUGUAACUCAAGCCUGGCUAGCUUGCGUUUGAAGGCAAAACAGCACGCCAACUUCACCUAUCCAGGAGUGCAGACGGCACCCUCCAGCCUGAGCCCAUGUCAGUAUGCUGUGGAAAGAUCAGUAUGAGAACCUCCACUGCUAAUUAUGAACUAUUAACAGAACAGUUUCCCCUGCAGAUGAAUUCCAGAAAAGAUCUAUUUAUAAUAUCGUUACAAAUGUUUUACUAUCAUUUUUGUAAAGUAUAUAUUUUUACUCACUGAACAUUCAUUUCAGACAGAGGAAUUUUUUGCCAAGAUUUGAAUUCUCAUCCGGUGAUAACAACAUACCCAGGGAAAUGGUUGACACUGCUUAUAAUUUAUGACUGCAAUUUGUGCUUUAUACAUCUGACUCCUGCUUAUAUAAGGAAGUCUAGAUUCUGUACUUGAAGUACCAGGUUUGGAUUUACUGUAUGUAUAUUUCAUAAAAGCUUGUCAUGAAAUGCCCUGGGUAAAACUCUGGUUUCCUUUUUAAAAAAAUAGCAUAUCAUAACAAAAGAUUGCCAAAAGUAAUUUGAUAGCAUGGGAAGGAAAUUUAUGCGCAGACAUGCCAUGAAUUAUGUGGAAGAUCUAGGACAAAGAAACAUAUAGAUGUGCUCCAGGGGUGGGUUCUACUUACCUUUACUACUGGUUUGCAAUAGGGCUGCGUGCGAGCGCGAGCGAAUGCAUGUGCAGAAGCGUUUUGAUGAUGUCAGGGUCAGUGGGCGGAGUCUCCCACCGGUUUUACUAUCGGUUCUAUAGAACCGGUGCUAACCAGGGACAACCCACCACUGAUGUGCUCCUAGGUAUCCCUGGCUACCAUGACUGAAAUAGUAGCUGUCAAUUUGUUUUCAAAAGAGCACUGAUAUUUGGAGAAAAUAGACAAGUCAUCAAACUUGGAACAAAACCAUUUGGUGAUAUAAUAGUUCUACAGGAUACUUAUUUAAAUGUAUAAAACCAAUAGGUAUGUGGACUAUAUUUUAUUUCCCUGGGCAAAUUUCAUUUUCUACCAAAGGAAAUAUUAUUUAGGAGCCAUGGUGAUGCAGUGGUUAGAAUGCAGUAUUGCAAGUUGACUCUGCCCAUUGCCAGGAGUUCGAUUUUGAAUGGCUCAAGGUUGAUUCAGCCUUCCAUCCUUCCAAGGUCAGUAAAAUGAGGACCCAGAUUAUUGGGGGCAAUAUACUGACUCUGCUUAGAGAAUGCUGUAAAGCACUAUGAAGUGGUACAUAAGACAAACUACUAUUGCUAUUAUAAACAAACACAUUUUGCAAUGACUUAAGUUCCCAAAGACAAACAAAAAAAAUGCCCCAAGCAUCUCAUGCACAUGUGAUUAUUGCAUAAGCAACAAGCACUAUUUGUAUGCAACAAUUUAUAACCUAGAAAAAUUAGGUCUGCAACUGAAUAGAAGUAAUCUAUUGAAUUAGACAAAUGAAUUAUCUUAUCCUUGACCACAUUCAGGCAACAACUCCCAAUUAUUAGUUUCCAGGAUGAUCCAAACAACAAUUUUUUCACUGUUUUUAAUUUCAUUGAGUUUACAAAAGUAGUACAUGUGCCUCUGAAUCAUACUAAUGUUUCUGCAAUAAUCUGUCACAAGCCAACAAGUAUAGAAGGAGCUUUAAGAACGUCACAUUAUCUCAUCCUCAAAUUUGUCCACUAGAAUUCCUGAACUUUUCAGAGCUCAGAAAUGUACAAAUCAAAAUCCAUAGAUGCUAACCAUGACCAACAAAACUGCAGCCUACUGUAGUAAGAAUGUAUUGUGGGAAGAGGUGAAGGAAGUCAUGCUCAUCUACUGUAACUUCCUUUUACUUGACCUUAUUGUAACUUAUUGUAAUCUCGAGUGGCAAACUGAGAAGUGGGUGGGUACCAUUGAAGUAAUUUUUCAUGUUUGGGUUGCUGUUUUUUUGCUACUCCAACAACCCAUUAAACUACUCAAGAUGGAUGAUCCUAAAAAACUGUUAAUUUAUACUCAUAAAUUAUAAUUUUUCUUUAAAAGUUAUGUUUGAUGCUAAUAAAUUUGAGUGCUAGUAGCAGGGCAGACUACAUUUUUAAAUUUGCCUCAAUAGUUUUCUUGAAAAAGUAUACAUGCUUUUAAAAAUAUCUGUUUCUUUUCAUAUGUUGGAUUAUAUAUGACUGUGUGUGUAUAUUUCUGUGUGUGCUUGUGUCUGUGUAUAAACAUACGCACAAUGGGGAGAGGUCAUUUGACCUUUUUUAAAAUAAAGGUAAAUUUAAAUUGCAAUCUGACUACUGGUAUCAUGAUCUUCAGAG